UCUGACAGCGGCACCUCCAGUGUUUAGGCCCCUCCCUCCGGCAGCAGCAGCGGCAGCAGCAGUAAAGCAGCGCGGGCAGCAGGGGGAGCCUCCUCUCCGGUGAUCAGUGGCCCGUCUCUCCGGCGCUAUGAGGCUGUUGGCCGGUGCGGGUCUGUGUUUGGCUCUGGCCGCUCUCGCGCUUUUGGCCGUGGCUCUUUGCACCGAUCACUGGUACGAGACGGACGCCCGGAGGCACCGAGACCGCUGCAGGAAACCCGGAGGGAAACGGAACGACCCCGGCUACAUGUACACCCCCGGCCAACACCUUCCCCUCCGCGGAGAGACCCCCGGCAGCAGCGGCAGCAGGAUCCGGAGCCCUCGCGGGGGGGAGUCGGGGAGAGUCCGCACUAUUUCCAGGGCAGAGGCUUUGGGGGUCAGGGGGCUUCGAGAGAGACCCCCCGGGGCCCAGGACUUGCCUCUAUCCCGCCCCUAUUUGGCCAUCGACCCCCACUGCAGCCGCCGCUUCAACUCCACCGUGUCCGGACUCUGGCGCAAAUGUCACCGGGACGGAUUCGAUAAAGACACCGAGGAGCUGAUCCUGAAAGGAAUCGUUGAGCGCUGCACUCCAGUCCGUUAUUAUUACACAUCGUCCUCCCUGCCCCCCAACUUGUCCAUCAACGUUACCAAGACCAUCCGCCAAGAUGAAUGGCACGCACUGCAUCUGCGCAGAAUGACGGCUGGCUUCAUAGGAAUGGCGGUGUCCAUUAUCCUUUUUGGUUGGAUGGUCGGAGUGCUGGGCUGUUGCAAGCAGCAUGAUCUCAUGCAAUAUGUGGCCGGGCUCCUAUUCCUCAUGGGAGGAACCUGCUGUAUCAUAUCCCUCUGUACCUGCGUCGCUGGAAUCAAUUUUGAGCUCUCCCGGUAUCCUCGCUCGAUAUACUCUCUGCCGGAGGAAAUCAGCCACGGUUAUGGCUGGUCUAUGUUUUGCGCAUGGGGCGGACUGGGACUCACUCUUCUGUCCGGAUUCCUCUGCACUUUGGCUCCAUCCCUCAGUGCGUCACAGUCAGCUGUACAAAAACCACGGCAGGAGAAUGGGGCAGUCUGACAGGGAGAGAGAAGGGACACCCCAGCGGGGGCUGGACUAAACAUAUGACUUGGGGUAUUUGUGGGCCUCAAAAGGAAGUUGUUCUGUUCAACUUGUUUGUUUGGUCUGACCAUGUGGUUGCUUGUGAAAAGUGCAGAAGUCCAAACGUCACGUUUAUAAAAUGGAAUUGCUUGAAGGGAACCUUUCGUUUUUUUCUGCGAGCCCGAAAUCCCAUCAGUGCCGCAAGGAGCAACUUCAGCAGUGCUGUUGACUCCCUAAUUCACGGGGAAUACAGCUGUGUGGUUUAGACAUUUUAGUCUUUUCGUGGAUAGCAGUCUCCUUCAGCUUCUACACUCCUUCAGAGACACUGGGGCGUAGGGCCGGUGCAGGCUACGGGAUCAGUAUUUGGGACAUUUGUAUACAUAACCGGCAAUUGCUUUUUACAUGUUUUAAUACAGGCCAAAAACAAAAGCCUCUCCAAUUAAAUUUCAGUUUUCCUAUUUGAGGAAUGGAGUAUCCACAGGCCCUCUCCAAUUCUGUUACCGUCAGACCCAAGCGAACCUCCUGCAGUGCCUUUAAGUAGGCCGGACAAGCCUACACAAGCUCAGGCUGAGAUAAUACAGGGGCAACAUGGAGCAAACGACAAUAAGGCACACACAGGGUUGGUCCUUCCUCUGUUUAAUGCAGAAUUGGCUGGAACCUCACAAAAGGAUGUAGGAAUGGGCGGAAGGAGAGAACUUGGGGUCCUUGGGUAAAGUAUUGUUUGUGGUCCAUGACAAUUAUAAGAAGCACAGGUUUGUAUUGUCACUGCAAACCGCUCAUCUCUUCUGUCUGGAUUGUUAUAAUAUAAAUUAUGUGUAGAUCUGUCUGGUGCUAGUCAGGAAUGAACAGAUGGCCAUCGUUCCAUAACAAGACCAAGGUUACCCUCCUGAUCUAUCUGGAGUGAGGUUUGGUUUUUUUAGCCGAGGAUGAUUCUUUUGAGUCCUUUUUUAAAUAACAGAACCUGUAGAUAUGUACACAAUUUAAUCUAAUAUAAUAAAGUCCUGGGGCCUAUCAAUCCUUGCUCUGCUCCAAGAACACAUCCACAAGCUAAUUUUAUCCAUGAAUUGGGAAAUUCACCCCAAAGCCAAUGCCAUGUUUCCAAUAUACACCAGCUUGAAGGUCCAUUAGGGUGAGAUUUGGGGUGAAAACAUAUUUACUAGAUAUUCUUGGACCUAUGGCUGAAUCACGUUUUCCUUUAUCUGUAUCUUUGCCAUGUUCUAAGGGAAAAGCCUGAAUAAGGGUGAGAGCUCCUGGGAAGGGGGGGGGGGUAACAGAACAUCUGGAAUGCCAUAUUUUGGCAUUUUUGUAUUUUGCCUUUAUGAAACAUGUACAAUGAACAAGAAGUCCACUUGGAACUCUUGGAAGAUUUUGAAGCGAGCCCCACAGGCUUCAAAUUUUAAGACUGCUGCUGCAGGGAUUCUAAUCUUAUUUGCCAUUGUUCAUUUUCUUUUAAUUUAUUAAUUUUAUUGUUUUGUUCUGUACCUUUCAAACUGGACAUUUAAACAGCUGUCUGGUUGCUCGGGUCACUGGAUCCUUGCAGCAGCCAUGCAGCAGUUUCCAUUACAGACUGGAAGAUAAACAAAGGUCUUAAAGAAUAAUAAAAAUCUUGCCGUAGA